AUGGGUCUCACUGAAGUUCUCUCCCGCAAGUCCGGCGUCAUCGUCGGUGACGAUGUCCUCCGUCUCUUCGAGUACGCUCAGGAGCACAACUUCGCCGUUCCCGCCAUUAACGUCACCUCUUCCUCCACCGUCGUUGCCUCCCUCGAGGCUGCCCGCGAUGCCAAGUCCCCCAUCGUCCUGCAGCUUUCUCAGGGUGGUGCCGCUUACUUCGCCGGUAAGGGUGUGAGCAACGAUGGCCAGGCCGCCUCCAUUGCUGGUGGUGUUGCCGCUGCCCACUACAUUCGCAGCAUUGCCCCCGCCUACGGUGUCCCCGUUAUCCUGCACACCGACCACUGCGCCAAGAAGCUCCUGCCUUGGCUCGAUGGCCUCAUGGAUGCUGAUGAGGCCUACUUCAAGCUCCACGGCGAGCCCCUCUACUCUUCUCACAUGAUCGAUCUGUCCGAGGAGGAGGUCGAAUACAACAUUAACACCACCGCCGCCUACCUUAAGCGCGCUGCCCCUAUGAAGCAGUGGCUCGAGAUGGAGAUCGGUAUCACCGGUGGUGAGGAGGAUGGUGUUAACAACGAGGAUGUUGACAACAACUCCCUUUACACCCAGCCCGAGGACAUCCUCGCUAUCCACAACGCUCUUUCUCCCAUCAGCCCCUACUUCUCCAUCGCCGCUGGUUUCGGUAACGUUCACGGUGUCUACAAGCCCGGUAACGUCCGUCUCCACCCCGAGCUGCUCUCCAAGCACCAGGCCUUCGUCAAGGAGGCUCUCGGCUCCAAGAAGGACAAGCCUGUCUUCUUCGUCUUCCACGGUGGCUCCGGUUCCUCCAAGGAGGAGUACAAGGAGGCUAUCAGCUACGGUGUCGUCAAGGUCAAUGUCGACACUGACAUGCAGUACGCCUACCUGUCCGGUGUCCGGGACUUCAUCCAGAGCAAGAAGGACUACCUCCAGACCAUGGUCGGUAACCCCGAUGGUGCUGACAAGCCCAACAAGAAGUUCUUCGACCCCCGUGUCUGGGUUCGUGAGGGUGAGAAGACCAUGUCCAAGCGUACCCAGGUCGCUCUUGAGGACUUCAACACUGCCGGCCAGCUGUAA